GCUGCUUGUCGCUGCUUUGUCCUGAAAAGCCCAUGCUCGGCAGGAACCGAAAGCAACACAACUCCAUCUUCGUCGAUCCCCGACCUCUUCUGCCAGGUACAUCACUUCUUCCUUCGGGAGUGUUUCAACAUCCAGUCUUUUGGUCAUCGUCAGUGCCGCCUUAUUACAAGAACCACAACGCCCAGCGCUUACAGCGUUGCGUCAUACCCGCUCGGUCAUGAGGUCUCGCCACUCCUCAUAUGGCUCGACUCUUGUCCUCCUCGUCCUCGGCUUCUUCUCGUUCCCGCUUCUUGCCGACGAUACGGGCCUUCCGCAGAAACAUGAAGCCGGGCGAUGUGCGCUGCGUGGGCAAUGCGGUAGCGACUCCUUUUUCGGCCCACAGUUGCCAUGCCCGGACAACGGCAAGGCCAGCGCACCGGACGAUCAGCUGAGAAAGAAGCUCGUAGACAUCUGUGGAGGCGCGUGGUCAGAAGGCGACGUAUGCUGCGAAGAAUCACAGCUUGACGCACUGCAGUCGAACCUUAAGAGGGUGGAUCAACUUAUUUCUACAUGCCCGGCAUGUAGGGAGAACUUUGUUAAUUUGUUCUGCACCUUCACCUGUUCGCCGGACCAAUCUAUGUUUGUCAAUGUUACGCAGACGAAACCCAAGGGCAACUCUUUCCUCGUCACAGAGUUGGAUUAUCUGGUAUCCGAUAGCUUUGGCAGCGGUUUCUACGACAGCUGUAAGGAGGUCAAGUUUGGACCGACGAACAGCAGGGCUAUGGACUUGAUGGGAGGCGGGGCAAAAAACUACACUGACUUUUUGAAGUUCCUGGGACAGAAACGGUUCGGUGGUAGUCCGUUUCAGAUGAAUUUUCCAGAGCCAAACGAGGAGGACUUUCCGGGCAUGGUAUCUAUGGACAAGAAAGCGCACCCAUGCAACAGUGAGGAUCCUAAGUACAGGUGUGCUUGUGUGGACUGCCCUGGAACCUGUGAAGAGCUUCCGGAGGUGAAAGAGGAGCAGUAUUGUCACGUCGGAGCCUUGCCCUGCUUGUCCUUUUCGAUCAUCCUGAUCUACUCCAUCUUCCUGCUCCUGCUCGUCGCCGCUGUGUCAGGACACGUCGCAUACCAGAAACACUCGCAAACAAAGAACGAACGACUACGGCUGCUACAAGAUACUGCUCCGAGCGAUGAUGAAGAUGAAGGAGACGUGGUCUACAACGCAGGCAUGAUGGAUCGUCCGCAGAAGCAUUACUGGCUGAACGAGCUUUGCGAUGGCGCUUUUAGCCGUCUUGGCUUUGCAUGUGCGAGUUUUCCUGCAAUUACCAUUGUCACGAGCAUAAUCAUAGUCGCGUUACUCAGCUUAGGCUGGCUCAGAUUUGCUGUCGAGACAGACCCGGUCAGAUUAUGGGUUUCGCCGGACUCCGACGCUGCCAAAGAGAAAGCGUUCUUUGACAACAACUUUGGACCAUUUUUCAGGGCGGAACAGGUCUUCUUAGUUGGUGAUCAGAGAUCAUCCUCGCCUUCCGUCAUGACGUACGACAAUCUCAAGUGGUGGUUUGAUGUUGAAGCACGAGUCAAUCGCUUGCGCGCUCCAGGUGGAAUCACUUUGGAUGAAGUAUGUUAUAAGCCCACUGGCGAUGCGUGCGUCGUCCAGUCUUUCACAGGUUACUUUGACGGCAUGCAUCAGCCAUUGACCCCCAGUGGCUGGCAAGACUAUCUGCUCGGCUGCGCCAACAAUCCACCGGAGUGUUUAGCUCCUUCAGGACAGCCGCUGGAUCCAAAGAUGCUCUUUGGUGGCUACAAAGAAAACAUCCUCGACGCGAAGGCCUUGGUGAUCACGUGGGUCGUGAAAAAUCAUGCGGAAGGCACAGAGGAGCUGGCCAGGGCAAUGGCGUUCGAGGAAGAGCUAAAGAUGACUCUGAUUGACGUGCAGCGAGAAGCUGCUGAGAGAGGACUGCGGCUCUCAUUCAACACGGAAAUCAGCUUGGAACAGGAGCUCAACAAAUCCACAAACACGGACGCGAAAAUUGUUGUUGUCAGCUAUAUCAUCAUGUUUCUCUACGCAUCGCUCGCGCUAGGCUCCACGACGCUCGCUGCUCGCACUAUCCUCGGUAACCCAGCAAGUGCUUUGGUUCAAAGCAAGUUUAUGCUUGGUAUCGUGGGUAUCAUCAUUGUUCUCAUGUCUGUCUCGGCGUCUGUAGGACUCUUCUCUGCUGCUGGCAUCAAGGUUACACUCAUCAUCGCCGAGGUAAUCCCAUUCUUGGUUCUUGCCGUUGGUGUCGACAACAUUUUUCUCAUAGUGCACGAGUUCGAACGCGUCAACGUUAGUCAUCCCGAUGGGUCGGUGGCGGAGAGAAUGGCGCGAGCACUGGGAAGAAUGGGCCCGAGCAUUCUACUCUCUGCCACAACUGAGACCGUAGCAUUUGCUUUAGGCGCAGCAGUGGGAAUGCCCGCGGUGAGAAAUUUUGCAGCUUAUGCGGCCGGUGCUGUGUUCAUCAACGCGCUCUUGCAGGUCACUAUGUUCGUAUCGGUGCUAGCCCUAAAUCAGAAACGUGUGGAAGGCGGCAGAGCAGAUUGUGUACCUUGCAUCAAGGUGAUCAACUCCGAUCCACUGAUGGGUUCAGACGCAUAUAUGUACGGACAGGACGAGGAAGGGAGUCUUCAACGCUUCAUCCGAAAGAAAUACGCACCGGCACUACUAGGAAAGAAAGCCAAGGUUGUCAUCAUAACCAUCUUUCUUGGGUUGUUCACUGCUGGUCUAGCUCUUCUCCCAGAAGUCAAACUGGGGCUUGAUCAGCGCAUCGCCAUACCGAGUGACUCCUACCUUAUCGAUUACUUCAACGAUCUCGACCAGUACUUCGGUGUGGGACCGCCAGUUUAUUUCGUCACGCGUGAGCUCAAUGUUACCCAGCGACAGCAUCAACAAGAACUUUGCGGCAGAUUUCUUUCAUGUCGCCCGUCGUCGUUGGCAAACACCCUUGAAAACGAACGAAAGCGCGCUGAGGUAUCCUACAUUGCAGAUGCAACAGCAAGCUGGGUUGAUGACUACUUUACCUGGCUGAAUCCGGCAUUUGAUCAAUGCUGCGUAAAAGGAAACGAAGCUUGCUUCGAGCACCGUACCCCGGCCUACAACAUUUCGUUGUACGGUAUGCCUGAGGGACAGGAGUAUGUGGAAUAUCUUAAAAUGUGGCUUGUUUCCCCAACGGACGAGGAAUGUCCACUCGGUGGCUCUGCAUCGUAUGGCGAUGCCGUGGUCGUGGACUACAACAGGACGACGAUCCUUGCAUCAAACUUCCGUACCUCGCACACCCCACUCCGAACGCAGAACGAUUUCAUAUCCGCGUAUCGCUCGGCACGCAGGAUCGCACACGAUAUCAGUGUGAAGAACGACAUUGAUGUUUUCCCAUAUUCGAAGUUUUACAUUUUCUUCGAUCAGUAUCUGUCCAUCGUCAAACUGUCCGCAACGCUACUCGGUUCUGCAAUCGCCGUUAUAUUCAUACUCACCACCGUGCUCCUAGGCUCGAUUCGAACGGGUCUUGUCGUCACCGCCACAGUCGCUAUGACGAUCAUAGACAUCAUCGGUGCCAUGGCUGUCGCCAACGUGAGCCUCAAUGCUGUAUCGCUCGUUAAUCUGAUCAUCAGCGUUGGAAUAAGUCUUGAAUUCUGUGCGCACAUUGCACGCGCAUUCUCCUUCCCUAGCACGACCGUCAUGGAGGAUUCAAGGAACAAGUUUAGAGGCAAGGACGCGAGGGCUUGGACCGCGUUAGUCAAUGUUGGCGCAAGCGUUUUUAGUGGCAUCACUAUUACAAAAUUACUCGGGGUGGCAGUACUUGCCUUUACCCGCAGUAAGAUUUUCGAGAUUUACUACUUCAGAGUGUGGGUAGCACUUGUAUUGUUUGCUGCGACACACGCGUUAGUAUUUCUGCCUGUGGCAUUGAGCAUUUUCGGCGGGCAAGGUUAUGUCGAUCCGGAGUCUGAAUCGAGUCUCGAAGCUGAUCUGCGAUCGAGAAGGUACCCAGCAUUGUUGGCUGAUGAUGAUUACGACUCAGACGAGUACUGAGCAUGUAUAGAUAAUAGAUCCUGGAUAAAGGAUAGUGUAUAUCAAAUGCUCAAUAUAGACAUUUUUGAA